GCACGGAAUCUAAACAUCCUUCCGAUUUUACGCGCGCCGCCGUCUCUGUGCAUCGCUCCUCGGAUAUCCGUUGAAUGGAAUAAGGCAGUUCGCAAGUCAGUUCCUACACGUGUGAAGGACACAUUGAUUGCUAAAUAAAAAUUUACACUAAAAAUUGUGUGAUCUUGUGUUUUGUGGAUUUCGUGUGAUGUCCAACAGAAGAUGAUGUGUGGCCCGAUUCCACUGCUGCUUGUAGUGCUUUCCACGGCGCUCGCCGCCCCCGCUGCUUUGUUUGACGAUACUUCUGUAACAGUACCCCAAAAGAGAGCAGCCCUGGUACUAGACCGGCUGUUGAUAGCGCUCCAGAAGGCGUUGCAUGAAGAUGGUGACCAGCGACGCUACGACCAACCAGGACGUGACUGGCCAAGAACAGCACCGCUCCGCAUCGACACCGACAAUGUCAGCGACAUGAGUAAUAUAUUGGAGGGGAGCCAGGCGCCGGGCUAUGUGUGGCCCGUGGGGGCCGCACCACGAGACGCGACACUGCACCCCGACAAAGAAGAUGAUAUGACGGGGUUGCAGCGACGCGGUCAGGCCGGCCCAAGCCGGGGCCGCGUACUACGGUGUUAUUUCAACGCGGUUACCUGUUUCUGAACGCUAAACCACAUCCUGUUAUUAUGUAUCGUUUUAUUAUUAUUUUAAUAAAACAAUAGACGACGGCGAUGUAUAUAAUUUUAUUGAACAACAGGUAUUAAUUUAAUACAGUUAUACACAAUAUUAUCCAUUAAAAUUACAUUUUACAGUA